AUGGCGAUGGCGGCCGGCGCUCUGGAGGUCGAUUCGGCCGGGGAGCGGCUCAACUCGAGGUCGGGCGGUGCUGUAGUGGUGCGGGGUGAGGUGGAGGAGUUUAAGGCUCCACUCCAGAGCUCAGACGAGAGAGAGAGAGCAGAGCAGAGAGGUGCUGAUGGCGGUGGACGAAUCGUUCAAGAGGCCAGGCUCCAUCCCCUUCAAGUGGGAGGUGCAGCCGGGCGCCCGGGCAUCCCCAAGCAGGAGGCGCCACCAGCCGGCGACAGCACGACGGCCGCGCCGGCGCCGGGGCUCCCUCCGGCGACCCCUAGGCUGGCGCUCCCUCCCGCCGCCCGCGCCACCGAGCUGGCCUCAUCCGCGUCGUGCCGACGCAGCUCAACGGUGUCGUCGGUGCCGCUCUCGCCGCCGGAGACGCCGCCGCCGCCGCCGCCGUCGUCGCAGCACCGGCGGGCCAUGUCGGCGCGCUUCGCCACGUCGCUGGCGCUGCCCUUCACGCGGCGGCCGCGCCGGGGACGCGCGGCCAAGGACGGCGUCGACUACUGCCUCCUCUACAGCGAGAAGAUCGCGUAGAACUACUCUGUGUGUGUGUGGUAAUAAAAAAAAAUCGUGUACAACAUGUAUAUGCAGUUUGUACUAUGAACCAACAAUCGAAGAAACUAGUUGACGGAUCGUCGUGAUCCCCUCUGUUCA